CAUAACCACACCUAUUGUAGGACAGACACGACCUCAGGACAGACAACUUAGUGAGACUGUGGUGGUACUACUAAUAAUACUACAUCGUGACGGAACAUUCGCUUCACAGAGCUCACCCAGUAACGACGAACAUAAUGGCUCGACCACCAGUUGGACAGAUUAAUGAUCUGACAACGUUGGCGAACUUGGAUGAAAACAUUCUUUUAGAAGAAUUGAGGUAUCGAUAUGGCAAGGACCAAAUUUACACCUAUGUUGGUGAUAUAUUGGUUGCUAUCAAUCCCUUCAGGGAUAUUGGGAUAUAUGAUAAAAAGUAUUCAGACCUCUACAAACAUGGCAAAAAAAGUACUUUACCACCCCAUCUCUUUGCUAUCGCGGAUUCGGCUUAUCAGUCCAUGAUGGGACUGCUGCCGAGUAGGGACAGGAACCAGUGCAUUGUAAUAAGCGGCGAGAGUGGUGCAGGUAAAACAGAAAGCACAAAACUUAUAAUAAAACAGAUAAUAGAAUUAUGUAAAGGAAACACACAGCUGGAGCAACAGAUUCUACAGGUUAAUCCUUUAUUGGAGGCAUUUGGCAAUGCACAGACUUUGAUGAAUGAUAAUUCAAGUCGAUUUGGAAAAUAUUUAUCCAGCUGAAAUUCAAAGAUGGAGUAGUUAUGGGAGCCAAAAUUUCUGAGUACUUAUUGGAGAAAUCACGAGUUGUUUAUCAGAAUUGUGGAGAAGAAAACUUUCAUAUAUUUUACUACAUGUUGGCUGGACUAUCAGAGACGAAGAAACAAAAAUAUAAACUUACAGAUGCAUCUAGUUAUCAAUACAUGUGUGAA